AUGGAUUUUAUGAUAAGACUAUUUGGUAUAAAACCAAAACAUAAUUUAGAUGAUGGUGGUAUUAGAACGAUUUAUGCAAAUGAUAUAGAAAGAAAUAAAAAAUAUCCUAGUAAUAGGAUUAGUAAUACAAAAUAUACGAUAAUUACAUUUAUACCAAAGAAUUUAAUGGAGCAAUUUGGAAGAGCAAUGAAUAUUUAUUUCUUAAUGAUUGGUAUACUCCAAUUGUUUCCAUCGAUUACACCAGUGGAUCCAGUAUCGACAUGGGGUGCACUAUUCUUUAUCUUUGCCAUAUCAGCAGUGAAAGAAGCAUUUGAUGAUUAUAAUAGAAGUCGUCGUGAUAAAAAAGCAAAUGAACGUAUUUAUAAUAUCCUUAGAAAUAAUGAAAAACAACAAAUUCAAUCUCAAAAUAUUCUAGUUGGAGAUAUAGUUUAUCUAACAGAGAAUGAAGAAAUACCUUGUGAUUUAUUAGUAUUAUCAACUUCUGAUAAAAUUACAAAUUCAUUAUAUGUUCAAACAUCAAAUUUAGAUGGUGAAACUGAUUUAAAAAUUAAAUAUUCAAUUAAAGAAACAUCAGGAUUAGAAUUAUCACAAUUAAAAAGUUUUCAAGGAGUAUUAGAAUGUCCAGUACCAAAUGCAGAGAUUAAUAAAUUUGAUAGUAGAUUAUCAAUGAGGGCCAAUAGAAAGGUGAAUACAUUCUCUCAUUCCGAUUGGUUACCAGUGGACAGUAGCAAUUUGGUGUUACAAGCAACCCAUUUAAAGAAUACGAAUUAUAUCUAUGGUUUAGUGGUUUACACUGGUAAUGAAACUAAACUUGGAAAGAAUAAAAUGGAUGUUCCAACCAAAUGGACUAAAUUAGAUAAACAAAUCAAUAGGACCACAAUCGUUAUCUUUUGUAUUCAAUUGACUUUGGUAUUAAUAUUUGGUUUCAUUGGUGAUUAUAUUCGUAUCAUUCAAGGUCAUACUCAAUGGUAUUUAGAUUACGAUGAUACUUCUCUCUCUAGUAAAACCAUUAUCAUUCCUUUAAGAUUCCUCUUAUUGAAUUCAAUGAUGAUUCCAAUCUCUCUAAAAGUUACCAUCGAUGUAAUUAAAUAUGCUUAUGCUCUCUUUAUUAAUUGGGAUUUAAAAAUGUACAAUUCUGAUAUCGAUUGUCCUGCCACUGCAAACUCUACCGCACUUAGUGAAGAUUUAGGUCAAAUCGAAUAUAUCUUUACUGAUAAAACUGGUACAUUAACUGAAAAUGUUAUGUUGUUUUCAAAAUGUUCAAUUAAUGGUAUAGUUUAUAAUAAAGAUAAACAACAACAACAACCACAACAACAAUCGAUUCAACAACAACAACAACUACAUCAAUCAAUUCAACAAAAAUCAGAACAAUUAAUUGGUGAAGAAUUAUUAAUAAAUUUUGAUUCAAAUGAAUCAUCAGGCUCAAGUUCAACAUCAAGUUUAGGUUCAUUUAAUAAUUCACCAACAUCAACAUUAUUAAAACCAAUUCAAAGUGAUACACCAUUGAAUGAAGAUUCACAAAAUAAUCAUCACGAUGAUGAUGAUGAUGAUGAUGAUGAUAAAUAUUAUGAAUUAAAGAGAGCAAUGAAAAUGGGUGAUGAAAAUGUAAUCGAAUUCUUUAGAAGUCUUUCAUUAUGUCACACAAUUGUACCAAUGCCAACCAUCGAUGAGGUUACAGGUGCAAAUUCAAUUCAUUAUAAAUCAUCAUCACCCGAUGAAGAGGCAUUAGUAAAUGCUUCAAAGAUUAUUGGUGCUAAAUUCACCUCAAAAACACCAACUUCUCUAACAACUGAAAUUAAUGGAAAUUUAGAGAAUUAUCAAUUAUUACAUACCUUUGAAUUCACUUCAGAUAGAAAACGUAUGAGUGUCGUUAUACGUGAUACUAUAACUUCAUCAAUUAAAAUCAUUACAAAAGGUGCUGAUGAAAUCAUUUUUAAAUUAUUACAAAAUCAUUCAAACAACAACAACAACCACCACCACCACAAUAAUAAUAAUAAUAAUAAUAAUAAUAAUAAUAAUAAUAAUAAUAAUAAUAAUAAUAAUAAUAAUAAUAAUAAUAAUAAUAGCAAUAAUGGAUUAUUAAAUUUAUAUUCAAAACAAAUUGAUGAAUUUGCAAGUCAUGGUUUAAGAACACUUUGUUUAGCACAACGUAUUAUUCAAAAAGAAGAUUAUGAAAGAUGGUAUCAAUCACAUUAUCAAAAAGCAACAACUGCAAUUCAAGAUAGAUCUUUACUUUUGAAUGAAGCAUAUGAAUUAUUAGAAAGGGAUUUACAUUUAUUAGGUAUUACUGCUAUUGAAGAUAAAUUACAAGAGGAUGUACCACGUACAAUCGAAUGUUUAAGACAAGCUCAAAUUAAAAUUUGGAUGUUAACCGGUGAUAAAUAUUCAACUGCAAUUCAAAUUGCAAAUUCUUGUAAUUUAAUUGAAACUAAUCAAAAUAUCAAUAAAAAUACUAAUAAUAAUAAUAAUAAUAAUAAUAAUAAUAAUAAUAAUAAUAAUAAUAAUAAUAAUAAUAAUAAUUAUAAUAAUUAUAAUAACAAUAAUAAUAAUUAUAAUAAUAAUAAUAGUUAUCAAAUUAAUAAUGAUAAAAAUAAUAAUAAUAAUAAUAAUAAUAAAUUAUUUACAAUUGGUAAAAGUAUUGAUGAUAAUAGUAAUUCAGGAGCAGCAUCAGAUAUAAGUACAUUAGAUGUUCAAAUGUCAGUUGAAGCAUUAUUAAAACAUGUUGGAUCAUUACCAUUAUCACAACAAUUAGCAUCUAGUAUUAUAAUUGAAGGACAUGUUUUAUCGUUAGUAUUAAUGUUUUCAGCAUCAGAGUUUUUAAAGUUAUCACAAUUGGUUGGAUCAUUGAUUUGUUGUAGAGUUACACCAAGUCAAAAGGCACAAGUUGUAAAGAUGAUUAAAGAUACUGGUAAGAUUACAUUGGCAAUUGGUGAUGGUGGUAAUGAUGUAUCGAUGAUUCAAGAGGCAAAUGUUGGCGUUGGUAUAAGUGGUAGAGAAGGUUUACAAGCAUCACGUGCCGCUGAUUACUCUUUGGCUAGAUUCAAAUAUCUUCAAGAGUUGAUAUUGGUGCAUGGUCGUUACUCUUAUUUAAGAACUUCUUUUGCUGCAAACUAUAGUUUCUACAAAUCAAUGUUCCUUUGUUUCAUUCAAAUCCUCUAUCAAUUCUUUAGUGGUUUCGCAGGUACAAGCUUUUUCAAUACAUUCUCAUUGACUUCCUACAAUAUUCUAUUCACUGGUUUACCCGUUAUUGGUUUCAUAUUCGACAAGGAUCUUCCAGAGUCAAUCAUACGUCGUAAUCCUUAUCUAUAUAGUGUUGGUCAGGAUAGUAGUGCUUUCAAUGUUAAAGUUAUCUCACAAUGGAUCAUUAGAGCACUGACUCAAUCCAUUUUCGUUUUCACUUUUACGCUUGGUCCUUAUGUUUUCACUGGUGAUAGUGGUUGUUCAAUCGAUUAUAAUUCAAUCAGUAUGAUCUCUUUUACUUCAAUUAUCUUUAUUCAAUCAUUAACUCUCUUCUUUGAAUCUCAUACUAUCACUUGGAUUAAUCAUAUCUUAAUUUGGGGUACUAUUCCAAUCUAUCUCAUUUGUUUAGUGGUUUUAAAUGUUAUACCCUCUCUUGAUACCUAUUCAGUUAUCACUCAUUUGGUCGAAAGUGGUUCGGUUUGGUUCUCAAUUUUAAUUAUGACUUUAUUAGCAAUCGCUCCAAUCAUUACAAUUCAAUAUUUACUCUUACUUUAUAAACCAACUAUAAAUGAAAUCAUUCACCAAAUUAGAAAUUCAAAAUCAAAAAAUUUUAAACAAUUAAUUAAUGAAAAUUCUUCAUUCCAAAAGAAUAAUAAUGAUUAUUAUAAUUCAAAUUUAUCAAAUUCAACUUUAAAUAAUUCAAAUUAUAAUAGUAGUGUUAAUAAUAAUAAUAAUAACUCUAGAGAGAGUACUUUUAAAUAUUAUAUAGGUAAAAAGAGUCCAUUAUUAAGAUCAAGACCAAACUCAAAUUCGGCAAAUCAAAAGAUUAAAAAUCAACAAAACAAUCUAUCAUAUAACCAACAAUCAUCUUCGACCAAUAGAGUUGUAGAUUUAGUAGUUGGUGCAAGAGAAGAUGAAGAAUUAGAAAAUAAAAAACUUUAUGAUCUCAAACAACCUCAAAAAUCAAAAUUAAAUAUAGAAAUUAUUAAUAAUAAUAAUAAUAAUAAUAAUAAUAAUAAUAAUAAUAAUAAUAAUAAUAAUAAUAGUAAUAAUAACGAUAAUAAUAAUAAUAAUAAUAGUAAUAAUAACGAUAAUAAUAAUAAUAAUAAUAAUAAUAGUAAUAAUAAUAGUAAUAACGAUUAUAGUAACAAUAUUAGUGAUAAUAUUGUUCACAAUAAUAAUGAUGAUAACAAUAAUAAUACUAAUAUUAAUAAUAUUAAUAAUAAUAAUAGUAAUAAUAAUAGUAAUGAUAAUAAUAAUAAUAAUAAUAAUAAUAAUAAUAAUAAUAAUAAUAAUAAUAAUAAUAAUAAUAAUAAUAAUAAUAAUAAUAAUAAUAAUAAUAUUAAUAAUAAUAAUAAUAAUAAUAAUAAUAUUAUUUUAAAUAUUAGUUCCCCUGGUAUCGAUAAUGAAUAUAAACCACUCCUUAGUUAG